UUCGGUACUUCCCAAGCUCCAACUUUUCAAACAUACGCUACCUCCCUCCCUCCCUCCUCCUCCCUUGCUUGCUUAGAGACUUAGAGAGAGUGAGAGAGAGAAUAAAGGGAGAGGAAAUACAAAAGCAAUCAUCUCCAAACCACAUUGAGAUGGCUUCUUCACCACACCGGUCACCGCCAGAAGAAAAAUACAACCCACCUCCAGAAAGCCCACCCCAAGAUAAUCAAUCAGAGAAGUCUCCAUCCAAGGCGAUCGUCGCCGUCGAGCGCUACUCUCCGCUUCGGUCUCCCACUCCUAGAGAAGAGAAAAAACCGGUCUCGCCGCCGGCGGACAACGUGCCUUCAUCGGCGACGGUGAAAUCCCCUUCUCCUGUGAUCGUGGUGAACCGGUCUAUCCGGGAAGAGUUAUCGGUGGCGACGAAGGUGGAUUCGGGAGGAGACGGGCGAAACGUUGAAGAAGGAGGUGAGAGGCGAUCGAGGGCGUUGUCAUCCAUUCUUCGGAGGUCGAGGAGGGAAGUGAUGGUGAAGAGGGCGGAAUUAGGGUUUAGGGUAUGUGCGGCCCUGUUCUGCUUGGUGUCAUUUUCGGUCAUGGCCGCCGACAAGACGCAAGGUUGGGCCGGUGAUUCCUUCGACAGAUACAAGGAAUACAGGUAUUGCAUAUCCGUGACCGUGAUUGCAUUUGUGUAUGCUGGGUUUCAGGCGUGCACACUCUCCUACCACAUGAUCACCGCUAAACAUGUCAUCCCUCUUCCACUCCGCUGUUUCUUUGACUUCUCCAUGGAUCAGAUAUUGACAUAUCUUCUGAUAUCGGCAUCAUCAUCGGCGGCGACUCGGGUAGAUGAUUGGCAAUCCAACUGGGGGAAAGACGAGUUCACAGAGAUGGCAAGUGCUUCCAUCGGGAUGUCUUUCCUUGCAUUUAUCGCCUUCGCUUUCAGUUCCCUCAUCUCCGGCUAUUACCUCUGUAUUCGCUACUCCACUUAAAAAAUGUCACUAGCCCUGUCAUCUUCCAUUUAUAUAUUUAUCCAGUAUCUCUCUUCUACAUGUUUUUUUUUGCCAUUUCUCUGGCUUUAGAGAAAAUGUUGGAAAAGUAAAAAAAAAAAUUCGCAUUCAGUGCUAAUGCGAGAGAAAUUCCAAGUUUUUUCUUUGUACACGCAACACACAUACACCCACGCAUAAAGAUAGAGAGGACAGAGUUGUUUUUAUUUUAGUCUCCAACAGUGUCAGUAUGUAUAUACUUGGUCAGUUGCUGCCAUAUGGAAACAAUUUAUCCUAAUUAUUUCU